GGAGGGCAGGCAGAAAGGGGGAGCCCAGUGCUCGUGUACCGUUCCCGAAUGUGGGCUGCAGGCCCCCUCGGGAGGGUCUCCUUUAGCAGGGACUGACUUUACCGAGGGAGACAUCAUCACUCUUCUGGAUUCGUCCAUCCUGCCCUGACAUGGUCCAUCCAUCCUCUGGAGAGGAGUCCUCUUCUUAACACCCUGUCCCUGGAGACAGCCCAGCGCUGCCCUGCAUCUAACUGACUGCUGUCUGUGGUGCUCCAGGAACAACCAGCCUUCACACAGGAGAUGGCAGGAGCUUUUGAGAGAGAGUAUUUGAUUUGCUGCCUCUAAGAUGCCUCUCAGUUCUGUUUUCAGAGGGAAAUACAUGGUCCAAGAUACUCUCUCAGGACUAACAGGUUUGUGUCUGUGGGAGACUGAUGCUCUGUGUGGCCUUCUGGAAUAUCUCCUGACUUCCCACUCAUGCAAACCAUCUCACUUUGGCACCAGGAGUUUGCUGCUGGAGAUUGCUGCUCCUUCCCUCCCUCCUGUUCCCUGAAGCCUGAACUCUUCUCUGUUCCCUCCAUCACCAUGGCCUGUGGAGGAUCCCUGUGUGCAAGUUGCUGCUGGGAGAAAUUGAGGUCAAAUUGAAAUGGGGGACUGAGGAGCAAGCAAUGUCAUUCACCAGUUAGCAUGAUUUGGGAGAGUGUGCAUUAUCCUUGCCUGGUGCUGUCAGCACUGCCCUUCUUGGAGACUUCACCCUACAACCCAUCCAAGGAAGUCCUGCAGCUUCUGAAAAUAACCAGUUCCUUGGUGUUGUCUCAGGAGCAAUCAACAAUCUGCUGUUUUCCAUGGGGACACCACCAACCAAACGAGCUGAGCUGUCUGUGAGGAGGAACUUGCAGCUUGGCCUUGCCCCUAAGGCAGGAGCUGGAUCCAAAUGCAUCCUCAGCCUGCUGUCUUAGAGCUGUUCCUGCUUAAGGUCAAUGAGAACAUCUCCUGCUAAUUCACCAUGACAUAAUAUCUGGUCUCCUGCUCCAUCCACAGGAUAAGUUUCUUGCUUCCUCUUGCUCUGUACAGAUGUGACUCCAGGUGUUCAGCUGCCUUGUCUGAUACAGCGCCCUGGGAUGCCAUCAGGAGCUCGAAUGCCCCAUCAGGGGGCUCCCAUGGGUCCCCCAGGCCCCCCAUACGUCGGAAGCCCCUCAGUGCGACCUGGGAUGCCCCAGACUGUGAUGGAAACAACAAGAAAACGCACUGCACCACAGCAGGUCCAGCAGCAGCAGGUGCAGCAGCAGGUGCAGCAGCAGCAGCAAGCUACUCAGAACCGAGCUAGGAGUGCCAAGAGGAGGAAGAUGGCUGACAAAAUUCUCCCUCAGAGGAUCCGGGAGCUGGUUCCUGAGUCGCAGGCCUACAUGGAUCUCUUGGCCUUUGAGCGCAAGCUAGACCAGACCAUUAUGCGGAAGCGCGUGGACAUUCAGGAAGCGCUGAAGAGACCAAUGAAGCAAAAGCGGAAACUGAGACUUUACAUCUCCAACACAUUCAAUCCUGCAAAAUCAGAUGCUGAUGACUCUGAUGGCAGCAUUGCUUCGUGGGAGCUGCGCGUGGAGGGGAAGCUCCUGGAUGAUCUCAGCAAACAGAAACGGAAGUUUUCAUCUUUUUUUAAGAGUUUGGUUAUUGAACUGGACAAAGAUCUUUAUGGACCUGACAAUCAUCUUGUGGAGUGGCACAGAACUCCCACGACCCAGGAAACGGAUGGCUUCCAGGUGAAGAGGCCUGGGGAUGUCAGCGUGCGAUGCACUUUACUCCUCAUGUUAGACUACCAGCCCCCCCAGUUCAAGCUGGACCCGCGGCUGGCCCGCCUGCUGGGCAUCCACACGCAGACACGCUCGGCCAUCAUCCAGGCUCUCUGGCAGUACAUCAAAACAAACAAGCUGCAGGACUCCCACGACAAGGAGUACAUUAACUGUGACAAGUACUUCCAGCAGAUCUUUGACUGUCCACGGUUAAAGUUUUCUGAAAUUCCCCAGAGACUCACUAACCUGCUGCUGCCGCCAGACCCAAUAGUGAUAAACCACAUCAUCAGUGUUGACCCCAACGAUCAGAAGAAGACGGCUUGUUAUGACAUAGAUGUAGAAGUUGAAGACCCAUUAAAGGGCCAGAUGAGUAGUUUUCUUCUCUCAACAGCUAACCAACAGGAGAUAACAGCAUUGGAUAACAAGAUUCAUGAGACAAUUGAAUCCAUAAAUCAGCUAAAAAUACAACGUGAUUUUAUGCUGAGUUUCUCCAAGGAUCCCAAAGGAUACAUCCAAGACCUUCUCCGGUCCCAAAGCAGGGAUCUUAAGGUGAUGACUGAUGUGGUUGGAAACCCGGAGGAAGAGCGCAGAGCUGAAUUUUAUCACGAGCCAUGGUCUCAAGAAGCUGUGAGCAGAUAUUUCUACUGCAAGAUCCAGCAGCGCCGACAGGAAUUGGAACAAUCUUUGGGAGUGCGUAACACAUAAGUACUGCUCACAAGGUUCCAUUGGCAUCGUGACCACCAAACCAGUGGACUUCUCAGUGUUACUUAGCUCACUGUUACACAUGGACCUGCUUCCUGACUGGAUGAGAAUGUGCCAUCAACACGCCAGUCAGAACACCAGCUUCAGAGUGACCCUUGGACAUCUUGCCCAGGACAGGUGUCUCAAACCAUUCCAAGCCAGAGACAGCACCAUACGAGUGUCAGUGUGAAAGAAGACUAAAGGUUCACUCAUCAACGCACAUUGUUAAGUUUUAGUGGAAAGUUAGACACUACACAGCAAAUCCUUAUGGGCUAUGCUUAGAAUCAUGGGUGGCACCAAUGGUGGAGGUUGAGAUAGGUGUUCUAGGAGACUACAGAUUUAGUGAAAUAAAUGCAGUUCUUACCCGAUGGUACCCAAGAGUCUCAAAGAGUAACUUAUCUGGAAUUAGACAAGAUAGUCUUUCUUACAGCUGUGGGAUGCUUUAUAUGCCUGAAUAGAGUUUUCAUUUCAGCUGGACCAAUGCAAGAAGCUAUCUCACCAUGUGAAAGAACAAACUAGGAGCGUUUGCAUCCUGGAAUGCAGAGCCCGUCUGGAAGAAAGACGUACAGUCAGGCCAUCUCUUCUGCAGAUGCAAAUAAUUUCUCUUCCGCCUGUCCCGGCAGUGAAAGGUGGAUUGAAUCACAUAUUCACUAGUUGGGUAUGAUCUGUACACUGUACUGAGAGAAAGAGAAUACUUCCUGGGAUAAGAGCUUCUUAUGCAUCCUUAAUAUCAGUGGUAUUAGCAACAAAUGAGGCGUUCUGAGAAAACUCAAAUAAUGUAAUGGUGCUUUGCUGAUGCCUACCUUUAACACAGCAGAUAUUAACAAUAAGUAUAUAUGUAAAAUACCAGAUUAUUUAAAUGUGUCCCUGUGUGCCUGUAGGGUUCAUCACUAAAAAUAACUUCCUAAUUCUUGGUGUAGAAUCCAAGAAGCUUAACUUAAUGUCACAUGGUAGUUUUUUUCUUUACUUCAAGAUGUUAACAGAGUCCCUAGAUUGGUCUCGCAUUUUGGUCAUAGGUGAACUGCCUCUUACUAUGAAUUAUUUAGCUCUCCCAUACAUGAUACGUGCUGGUUAUUUUGGAUGCUGUUGAGUUACAAAGCAUAUCAGCCUUAAAUAGCACAGAGAACAUAUCCCUUGGAAAUCAUCAUCUUUGUAAAUGUAUGACAAAUUCAGAUAAUGGGAAUUUAUAGAACAAUUACUUGGAAGCAGGGACAUCUUCCUUAAAUCCUUCCUCUCCUCAUUUUUUGUAGUGCACAGAUGAGCUGUAAUAAAGGCCCAAUAUAAUUUCUGCUCCAAAAAGCAGCUGACAAAGUAUAACUGUCCAUUUGAUGUGGCACUCAAAAUCCUCUUCUAGGUUACUCCUUUUCACCUCCAUCCUCACACUUCCUUGGAAAGAGAAUCAAAUUCACAUGUGAUAUGGAAAGAAGGCGGCUCUUCUGAUUAAAUGCAUUUUUUCUCUA